AAUGCUAUGUCUAGCAAACGUGCUUGACGGGUUGGGAGAAGAAACAAAAAAAAGGUACACAAACGUAAUGAAAGGGGCACUUCUCAGUAUCAAAGCACAUACCAACCAUAGUUUUACCUCAACUUCAAUGAGAAUCAUGGUUACAUUAUUCAGUGCUACCAUACUUACUCUAAUCUUAUUGCUUAAUUUCCACAUCCCACAAACAAAAUCUCAGCAAGAAUAUCUAGACAACCAUCAACUAGAUUGUGAUGACCCUUCCAAAUCUACAUAUGGUAAUAUCUGCAACAGCAUCAACUCCUGUCAAUCUUACCUCACCUUCAAAUCAAGCCCUCCUCAUUACAACACUCCAGCCACCAUAGCUUAUCUCUUGAACUCAACAGUCCCUCUAAUUGCCAAUGCCAACAACAUCUCAUAUGUUGAUCCUAUUCCGACGGACACCAUGAUUACUGUACCAGUUAACUGUUAUUGCUCCGGUCACUACUACCAGCAUAAUUCCUCAUACACAUUGAAGACUGAGGAUGAAAACUACUUCACUCUUGCCAAUAACACCUAUGAGUCACUCACAACAUGUCAGGCUCUUGAUGCUCAGAAUAUAUAUGGACUCACAAACCUCACUGCAGGGCUCAAUAUGCAUGUUCCACUCAGGUGUGCUUGUCCUACCUCCAAGCAAAUUGAAAAUGGAUUCAAGUAUAUUCUUACAUACCUGGUCUCCGAAGGAGAAUAUCCUGAACUUAUUGCUGAGAUUUUUGGGGUUGAUUCACAGAGCGUCUUGGAUGCAAACAAGCUUAUUGAGGAUCAAGUUAUCUUCUACUUCACUCCAUUGAUGGUGCCUCUAAAAGACAAGCCACCUACCAAGAUACAAAGGACACUACCGCCACCAUCAACACCACUGUCAAAACCUCAUGUGGAAAAUCUAGCUAGGAAUAAAGAUUCAAGCUCUUCUAAGAAAUGGGUGGUUGUUGGAAUUGCUGUUGGAGCUGCAUUCCUGCUUCUUAUCUUUUUUGUGUUGUUAUUCUGCUUUUGUCAGCAGCAUAAGAACAAAAAAAAAUUGUCUUCUGCAGCUACCAAAACCACCACUGAGGAAGUCUCAAAUACCAACACAAGUAUAACCAACCCCUCCUUUUCUCUGUGUUCCGAAGGGCUUCGUUAUGCUUUUGAGUCUUUGACAGUGUAUGAAUUUGAGGAGCUGCAUAAAGCAACGAGCUUUUUCAGUGAAGCUAACAGGAUAAGGGGUUCUUCAGCUUACCGAGCAAGCUUGAAGGGUGAUGAUGCUGCAGUUAAGGUUCUCAAAGGCGAUGUCUCUGUGGAGAUCAAUAUUCUAAGGAGAAUCAACCAUGCCAACAUAACAAGGAUCUCUGGGCUCAGUGUACACAAAGGAAGCACAUAUCUUGUUUAUGAGUUUGCCGAAAAUGGUUCUCUUGAUGAUUGGAUUCACUUUAGCAAGUGCAUAAACUCUGUGGCUCUGACUUGGAAGCAAAGAGUUCAGAUUGCUCAGGAUGUGGCGGAUGCUUUGAAUUACCUUCACAACUAUGUCAACCCUCCACAUAUCCACAAGAAUUUGAAAAGUGACAAUGUGCUUUUGGAUGGAAAUUUUAGAGGUAAACUUUGUAACUUUGGAUUAGCAAGAGUGGUAGAUGAUUACGAUUUUGGUGAAGAGGGGUUCCAAUUUACAAGGCAUGUUGUUGGCACUCAUGGUUACAUGCCACCUGAGUAUAUCGAGAACGGUUUGGUUAGUCCAAAGAUGGAUGUUUUUGCUUUUGGUGUUGUGAUGUUGGAGCUUCUUUCGGGAAGAGAAGCAAUUGUUGGUGACAAAAAUGGAGGAGAGAAGCGGCUAUCAGCUGUCGUGAGUGAAGUACUUGAAGGCGAUAAUGUGAGGGAGAAACUUCAUGCUUUCAUGGAUCCAACUUUGAGGGGUGAAUACCCAUUGAAUAUGGGAUAUUCCAUGGCAGAGAUUGCCAAACGCUGUGUUGCCAAUUACCACAAUUUGCGUCCAAACGUUUCUGAAGUUUUGGUUAUACUGUCUAAGAUUCAAUCCUCUUCAGUAAAUCGGGAUCCAUCUGAUGUGAUGGAGAAAACUUUUGACCAAAUUUCAGAUUGGAAAAUAUAAUAACAAAGACUCCAGUAGUAACUAGCUCCAUUCAAAUCUGUCUUCCAUAAUAAAUAGCAGGUUGCUCUAGUUAACUCCGGAUCUCUUGAAGCAGAUAUUUUUAAAUCUGUUAUUAUAAGACUUUUCAAUAAAGGUUUCAGAAUUCCACAAGCUCAAA